UUUCUUAUAGGAGGCUUCUAUUCGGAUACCAUAGCGUUUGUCAAUGACGGCUGCCUCAGAUGUCCAAAUGGAACUUUUGUUCCAUACAGUAAGACGCCUGGCAAAAGCGCCCGUGAGUGCAUUGCUUGUCCACAAGGUAGGGAUAUUUUAUAGUCAAACCCAGUCAAACAUAGACCACGCAGAUUAUAUUGAUAGUGGCAGGGGUAACAAAUUCAAAUCUGUAUGCUUGCAUGCUCAAUGGGCAGUGAAUUUCGCGCUGCAGAUUCUCAGCAUUCUAUCAGAUCAAGAGAAAUCGUCUUUGAUAGCUUUUGAAUAAAAUUCUUUAUCAAACUCAAGAAAAAAACAAGAUAAUUUUAACCAUCUGCUGGUGAUUUUACUGCUCAUUGGAUGCUAGUAAGAAUAAUAAGAAUCACCAAAAGACUUCAAAAUGUCAAUUAUCAUAUGCCUACAAAAGUACGAGUGUUAUGAUUGGCUGCUAAGCUGGCAAAAGUUUCUUGUAAUGAACGGGCAUUAUUAGCUGGGUGUCCAAGGCAUAUACAAUCUGUGUUUAACUUGAUAGUGGACAUCCAUGUUAUGGUCAAUUGAUAGCUGUGAAAAAGGGUAUCUGCUGACCAGUGUCACAUGUCUGUAUCGCGGGCUCAAGUGUACAACUCAUUGACGUGAUUUCCCUGUAAUGACCUCACUCUCCGUUAAUAAGUUGUAUAUGAAAUCAUCAUUACAAUCUAUGGUGGUACGCUUGACCUGGUUUGAUUGUAAUUAGGAAUUUAAGAAGAAGGAGAAUUCAAACACCAGAGAGCUCAGAAAAAUUUUCCGAGCUCCAGGUGAGAAUCAAACUCACGACCUACAAUAGUUAGAAGAUGUAAUGUAAAAAGUGACUGCGUUAUCCCUGUUACCCUGAUCGAAGUUUCUGAUGACGUCAGUGAAGUUCAGAUAAAACUGGUCAGAAAAUAAAGGUAGAAAGAAACGAUAUUCUGCUUUGGCAAUGGCACUUAUGCUUGGUUAAGGCAGACGAGCAAAUUUUACCACUAAGCAUCGUUUGUAAGCAAACUUCUUCUCUACUCUCAUUGGAUAUGCAAAAUUCUGUAACUUUCAAAAUUUCAAAAUGAGCCUUGGUGGUAAAAUUUGACGUAAACAUGCAUAAGGACUAUAUAUAUCAGUUUUGAAUUGAGAAUUUAUUUACACAUAUCCCUAGGACUUUGCCUCUACUUUGAUUGUUUGCUCGGCAUGGCAAUGCCGUCAAUUAUCGUAUGUCCUUGUAAUUUAAGGCGGUGAAACUUUCUUAUGAAGUAGCUUUGUUGUAUUUAAACCCAUUUGACAAUGAAGCCUACAACUGUCAAAACCCGCAAGCUUUAAAACUUUAUUUAUGUGUGUUUUAAAAAAUGCAAAAAAGCCAAUUAUUUGCCUGAUUGAAAUACAAUUAAUUCAGCAAACGGACUUUUGCUUUUUGUAGGCACAGAUACUUCCACAUUUGCUGGGUUUAGAGCUUGUAGCUGUUUGAAAGGAUUUCAUCGUACCCAUCUUUUUGAAGGCUGCACACAAUGCGAUGAAGAAGGAUUACAGUGUGUGGAUGACCAUGUUAAGCUGAAGAAGGGUUACUGGUGGAAAUGGGAGAAUCAGACCCACAAACAAUUUUAUGAAUCAUUUGCACGUAAUCUCUUGGAUUCAAGGAACUCUUCCUCAACUAAUGCUUCCCUCAUCGAGUUCCCAUACACUGUUCCUACGUCGCACAAAUGUCCACAACAAGAGGCUUGCAAUGGUGGUUUCAAUUCUUCUUGCGCUGACGGCUAUCAAGGACCGCUGUGUGAAAUUUGUAGUGAUGGCUAUUAUAAACAGUUUCAAACGUGCAAAAAGUGCCCAACGAAGAAAUGGAUGAUCGGACAACUGUCGAUCGUGGUGGCAGUUAUCCUGGUCAUUAUUUUAGUUAUCCUAUGGUCAAGUAAAAAGAAGCAAGAGAAUGAGAAAAACGGAAGAUCCACAGUGGAUAUGAUACUUGGAAGGCUGAAAAUUGUCAUUGGCUUUUACCAAGUCACUGAUGGACUGUUACAGACAUUUUCGUACGUCAAAUGGCCAGAUUCUCUUUCUGUCAUUGGAAAAUAUUCGGAGAUGAUACAGCUUAAUGUAUUUCAGAUUGCCCCUCUUCACUGCAUCUUCCCUGAAUUAAAGGUGAAUGCUUUUAAGAGCUUGUUUGCAAUCCUUGCAAUGAAUGGCACAGCCAUCAUCGUUGCGAUUCUCAUUUAUUGUUUACGAAAGCUUCUACUCGAACGGAGUGCUUCCUCCAAAGAAGAAAAGUUAAGGAAAUCUUCUCAAACGAAAGAGCUGAUCUUGAGAAACCUGUUUUUCUUCCUGUACGUGACAUAUCUCAGUACCUGCUCCAACACAGCUAGUGUGCUUCCCCCAACUUGCCGUCUGCUUUGUUCGGACAAAACGAAAACCCACUGUCAAAAGUUUCUUAAGACUGACUACAGUAUCGACUGUGAGAGUACAAACUACAGUCGAUCAGUCAUCGUUGCCUACGUUGCAGUCGCUUACAUACUACUUCUUCCCACAGCAUCACUUAUAGCUCUCUGGAAAGCGCGAUUGACCGUUGCAAGUCAGAAUGAAAUGGAAGACGAGCAUCAAAAUCCUGAUAUCAAAGUGAAAAGCAGCGAAGUCACCACAGGCUUGCGAUUCCUUUUCGAAAACUACCAUCCGCGCUCGUGGUACUGGGAACUGGUAGACACAGUACGGAAGGUGGUCCUCACGUCAGGUCUGAUCUUGGUUGGUGGUGAAAGCAGGGCAUAUGUCGGACUGGCGUGCGUCAUGUCAGGACUCCAUGGAAUGUUUUUUGCCUAUGUCAGCCCCAUUGUGGACCCAUUCGAGAACAGACUAAUGCUGAUAUCUCUUGCUGUGACCUUUGUAAACUUGGGAAUAGGAGCUGUGAGUAAGAUAAACAGCGAGAACAUUUCAGCCUCAAUCGAUCCUUAUGUGGAUAACAUCAUGUUCAAGGUACUGGUGUUUGGAGCAAAUUCUUUGGUAAUCGGUCUUCUCGUAGGUAAGUUAAGUGUAAAACUACUUCGGUUAUUAAUUUACCCUUCAAUAGUAUAAUAUUCAACCCUGGGUAUUGUUACUAAUUAUAGUAAGGUAUGCGGAAUCAAUCUUACCUGGGACAAGCCCAAGAUAGACUGAAUUGAAUGUAGGUAAUCUGGAACCCGACUUACUCACUCAGUUGCCAAUCGCCCUUCGUGUCGGCAAAGUGAAGUGAAUAGGAAAAAAUGUACCAGUAUUUCCUAUUAUAUAAACUCAUUUGCAUAUUAUUAAUUAUUCUUCGGGGAUGAUAUUUACAAUUCAAAUGAAACGUGAACAGGAAGCCUAAGCAACCACGACGACGAAAACAACAACGUCAAAAAAAAAACAGAAAGGUUGCCUACAUUUGACAAAUUGAGGGGAUCCAAAUAGACGCGACAAAGUUUGAAAGGACAUAAAUUAUUUUUCUUGGCAACGUCGUCACUGCCGUCGUCGUCGACUAGUCGUCGUUGCUUAAGCCCCCCAAUCACAAGUAGGGCGAUGCCAGCUCAGUGCUUGCUUUUGGUUUUCGGCCAAAAUUUAGUUAUUUUAUUUUAUUAUUAUUUUGCCACACACAAUGAAUUACAAGCAGAAUAAAAACGAUAAUAAAUAGGUUAACUAACAUUAAAUUUAAAAUUUGUGCAUUACUUGGGAGGAGUGACUGUGGCGGGGAAAUCUCCGAGAAGCCGGGCUUAUGAGGAAUAGAGAUUUCCCCCCACGGGCAAUUUAAAUACUAGGCGGCAUUUUAAGAAAUAAAGAAAAAAGUCGUUUAUUUAAUUAUAUAAGUGUGUUUAGAGGAAAAUAUAGAUAUGAGGUGUUAAGGUAUUUAGGUUGCAUUCUGUCUGACCCUUAAAAAUGGUUUGAUCACACGCUUGAAUAUACUAAAAGACAGGGCAUUUUUGAUGUCGUUUGGUAAUGAAUUCCAUAUUCUAGGACCUUGAAACAGGAUCGAAAAUUUUUUAAUAUUUGUUCUACAGGUGUGAGGUCGGUAAAAGUCAGAGUAUCUUGUUGAAUAUUGAUGAAUCUGGUUUCCAGUUUGAAAGAUUUGAGUAAAAGUUCACGAUGUAAAUCGGUUAAGCUUCAAUUGCCAUUCUAACUGUAAUUGUUAUAAGUGUUAAUUAAAAGUAUGUAAGUAAGUAAGUAAGUAAGUAAGUAAGUAAGUGCGUAUAUAUGUAAGUAUUGCUCCGUAAGUCAGUCAGUCAAUGAGUAAGUAAUCUACAAGACUUGACAUUAGAGCUAACAUAUUCAUAGAGAAGAGUUAAGACAGUACAAUAGGGGACUCCGCCUCAUAAAACGUCAAGUCAACGCGUAUAUGUUUUAAGAAGGUGUUCUUGAAAGAAAGAGGUGACUUCAGACAGUCCUAAAUAUACGUAACUAUGACUAUUGUUUCUUUGCAGUUCAGUAUCUUGUAUACAUCUAUCGCUUUAUCAAAGAAUGGCUCAAGAAACCCAAAUGGUCUUUCUCUUGCUGUCUGGCCUUGAUGCUGCCUCUGAAUGAACUGCAAGGAGAAGUACGUGGAUUUGCUGGAAGGAAUGUUUUUAAGAACCAACUGCAAACAGGAAAAGUGAACAUGCCGUCAAUUUCAACCUCUUUCCAAGAUACUGGUGCUAUGAACUUUAGUUUGGAAGAAGCUCAACCCCUGACGGGUGAAAGGAAUUCUGAUCAAGAGGAAACACCUGGAAACAAGAGCGAAAAACAAACCCAGACUGGAGAAAGCGGGAAAGAAUCCAUCUUUACCAAAAUUUCAGUUCAUGAAGUUCCAAAAAUGACAUACGAAACGUCUUUGUAA